AUUUGUCUGUAUCUAGAUUCUAGUUCUACAAAUUAAUCUAGAUCGAGGAUCUAAUUCGAAGUCCCACCAACUUUACAUUAAAAUUUUUAGAUCCUAAUCUAGAUCGUCCUCAAGUCACUCUAGUCUGUGACUUGUGACUCUAGCCGACUCUAGCCUAGUGAUCUACUAAGUACCAUAAACUUAGUCAAAUGGAUCAAGAUUCUGACAACAAUCCUUUAAAUGGUGACAGUGACAAGCAAAUACUUGCCCCUGCUGAAGGGCCUAGAGAAAAUCUUAUUAACACAGCUGUAAAGUUCCUUCAGAACCCUAAAGUUAUGUCUAGUCCACUUUACCAGAAAAAGGCAUUUCUGGAAAAAAAAGGACUAACACCAGAUGAAAUAAACAUAGCUGUUCAGAAGUCAGGAGUUGUAGAAACAGAAAACAUGGUAGCAUCUACAGGUGUUGGGCCUCCAGGCUAUCAGUCUGUGAAUACUGAACCUCCAAAAAUGAUUGUUUCUAUUCCACCUCAGUCUGCAUGGGUCAAAGCUCGAGAUCUUACUUUGACCACUGUGGUUGUUGCUAGUAUUUCUUAUGCAGUCUAUCAGUUAUUUCAUAAGUAUUUACGUCCUUGGUUGCUGGGUAAAUCUAUCCAAGAAAAGAGACUGGAAAGGUUAGAAAGUCGCAUUUUAGAAAAUCACAAAUGUGUUGCAGAAUCCUUGGCUGAAGUAAAUAAAACAUUGUUAACUAUCCAGGCCUCUUUGAAUACACAGCAGAAACAGUCUCAAGUGACUUAUGGAGAACAAAAAGGUAUCUCAGAAUUAAAGUCAGACAUUGCAUCUCUUAAGGGACUACUAUUAAACAGAAACCAAUUUCCACCUGCACCAUCAACAUCUCCCAUUCUCCCCUCAUGGCAAAGAGUGCAAUCACAAGUCCCACCAAUUCAAUCUCAGACCGAGUCAGGCUCCACAAAUUUGAAAUCAUAUUCUGAAGCUGUCAAGUUAUCUUCAUCAACAUGUGAUACUGGUGAAUCACGUCCUUCAGCAUCAAAUAUCAGUCAAGAGGCACAUUACAAUGGUGAAGAAGAUCAAACAGUUUCUUUACAUGCAGAUGAAGAUGCAGUUGAAACUGUUCAAGAAAAUUCUUGAUGACAGUAAUUUUUGUUUACCUAAUUUAAUAUCUAUUAUCUGCAGUUUAUGAUGUUAUCGUUAAGACUAAGGCUUGCAACAUGGAUAUAUGCUUGUUUAUGUGCUUAGAUGUAAAGAGAUUGCAAAUACAUUAAAAGUAAUUGUUAUACGAGUCCUGUAAAAAAUAAAAUAUAUUUGCAUGAUU